AUUCGUAUGUGCACCAUAACAGAGCAAAAAGAGAGCGGGACUGGAGGGAAAGACAUAUGAAAAUAUAUUUAUAGUAAGGAAAAGAUGAAGAAAAAACACAAAGGGUAACCAGUGAAAAUAAGCUCUUCAAGCAUUUUCAAUUAUCAGUUUAGGAAACUUUUAUUCGUUGUGAAAAAAGGGACAUUCCCGAAAACGAUUGCCGCGUUCAUGUGCUAGUCGGAACUUGUUAACUGGCUGUAUUUCUACAUGUGCACGUUCAACCAGGUUGCAAGUCGAAAAUGUCAGAGUUUCCCAGUUCCGACUAACGCGUGAACGCAGCAUAAGCAGCAAGAAUAGCUGCAUCACAUUACUCCGUUGCAUGGCUGUCCAAAAUGACAUGAAAAUCAAAACAGCCAACUGAAAGACCGCUGCUUUCUCGCGCUCAUAUAGAUGGAUAGACAGAGCGCUCGUGAGCGAUGGAUGAGUGGAUAGAGAUGAACAUUGGGUAGCGUCGGUAAAGAUCCAAGGAGACUGGAAAGUGGACAGUAAAUAAUUGCAAACGGGGAGCUGUCAAAAUAAUGGAUUUUAACGUGCUACGGAAUCUCAUCAGCAGAUACUGUGCGGGGGAGGAGUAUUGGGUGGACAGUCGUACGGUUUACAUCUGUCACAAAGAACCCCCACCGGCGGCCGAGGCCUACAUCCCUCAACGUUACCCUGACAACCGCAUCGUCUCCUCCAAGUACACCUUAUGGAACUUUAUCCCCAAGAACCUGUUUGAACAGUUCAGAAGAAUCGCCAACUUCUACUUUCUGCUAAUCUUCCUGGUCCAGCUCAUCAUAGACACGCCCACCAGCCCUGUCACCAGCGGACUGCCUCUCUUCUUUGUCAUCACUGUCACCGCCAUUAAACAGGGUUAUGAAGACUGGCUGAGACACAAGGCAGACUGCAGUAUAAAUGAGUGUCCUGUGGACAUGGUGCAGCAGGGGACGGUGGUGAGGACACAGAGCUCCAAGCUACGGGUGGGGGACGUUGUCAUGGUGAGGGAGGACGAGACGUUCCCCUGUGACCUCAUCCUCCUUUCAUCCAGCCGCGGUGACGGAACCUGCUACGUCACCACUACCAGCCUUGAUGGAGAGUCUAGCCACAAGACCUACUAUGCUGUACCAGACACCAUGGCCUUUAAGACAGAGCAGGAGGUGGACUCUCUACAUGCGACUAUUGAAUGUGAACAACCACAACCUGACCUCUACAAAUUUGUGGGGCGCAUCAAUAUCUAUAAGGAAAGAGAGGAUCCCAUAGCCAGACCGCUGGGAGCUGAGAACCUUCUCCUCAGAGGAGCUACCCUGAAGAACACAGGACAUAUUUAUGCUGUAGCCAUUUACACAGGCAUGGACACCAAGAUGGCGCUUAACUACCAGUCCAAAUCCCAGAAACGCUCAGCUGUGGAAAAGUCUAUGAAUGCGUUCCUAAUCGUGUAUCUGUGCAUCCUGAUCAGUAAAGCGGUCAUUAACACGGUUCUGAAGUAUGCGUGGCAGUGGUCUGCUGACCACGAUGAACCCUGGUACAACCACAGGACCGAGAUCGACAGAGAACGCCAUGUGGUGAUCAGGGCGUUCACAGACUUCCUGGCCUUCAUGGUGUUGUUUAACUACAUCAUCCCAGUCUCCAUGUACGUUACCGUGGAGAUGCAGAAGUUCCUGGGUUCUUACUUCAUAGUCUGGGACAAGGAUAUGUAUGAUGAGGAGCUGGGGGUGGGGGCUCAGGUCAACACAUCUGACCUCAACGAAGAGCUUGGACAGGUAGAGUAUGUGUUUACUGAUAAGACGGGAACGUUGACGGAGAACAACAUGGAGUUUAUAGAGUGCUGUGUGGACGGGCACGUGUAUAUCCCCCACGUCAUCUGUAACGGACAGAUCCUCAGUGCUGCUUCCAGCAUAGACAUGAUCGACUCUUCUCCUGGAGGAUACCGCAGGGAGCACGAGGACCUGUUCUUCCGGGCUCUGUGUCUGUGCCACACGGUGCAGGUGAAGGAGGAGGAGACAGUGGACAGCAUCAAGAGAGGGAUCCACCUGGGAAAGCCCACCUCCUUCUACAUAUCAUCCUCUCCUGAUGAGGUGGCUCUGGUGGAGGGCAUGAAGAGGUUGGGGUACACCUAUCUGAGACUCAAAGACAGUCAUAUGGAAAUACUCAAUAAGGACGAUGAGAUUGAAAGGUUUGAGCUGCUUCACGUGCUCAACUUUGACUCUGUCAGGAGGAGAAUGAGCGUCAUUGUCAAGUCUAGCUCUGGGGAGUACCUGUUGUUCUGUAAAGGGGCAGACACCUCCAUCUUUCCCAGGGUGGUGUCAGGGAAGGUGGAGCAGGUGAGGGCACGGGUGGAGCAGAAUGCUGUGGAGGGCUUACGGACCCUGUGUGUGGCCUACAGAAGUCUGUCCCCAGCGGAGUACGAGGAGGCAUGUCAUCAGCUGAGCGACGCCAAGCUGGCCCUGAAGGACAGGGAGCAACGGCUGGCGCAAGCCUAUGACCUCAUUGAGAGGGACUUCACCCUGCUGGGGGCUACGGCCGUGGAGGACAGGCUCCAGGAGAAGGCAGCAGACACCAUCGAGUCUCUCCAAAAGGCUGGGAUGAAGGUAUGGGUGCUGACGGGGGACAAGAUGGAGACCGCGGCAGCUACGUGCUACGCUAGCAAGCUGUUCCGCCGCUCCACACAGAUACUGGAGCUGACCAAGAAACGCACCGAGGAACAGAGUCUACAUGACGUUCUGUUUGACCUGAGCAGGACUGUACUCAGACAACGCUCCCUGUCAGGGCUGUCUGUGGAAUGUCAGGACUAUGGUCUGAUCAUCGACGGGGCCACCCUGUCUGCUGUGCUGAAGCCCAGUCCAGAGAGCUCUGGCUCGGGGAACUACAGAGAGAUCUUCCUGGAGAUCUCUAGGAACUGCAGUGCCGUGCUCUGCUGCCGCAUGGCGCCCCUACAGAAAGCACAGAUUGUGAAGCUUAUCAAAGCAUCUAAGGAGCACCCCAUCACUCUGGCUAUUGGUGACGGAGCCAACGAUGUCAGCAUGAUUCUCGAGGCACACGUGGGCAUCGGCAUCAUGGGUAAGGAGGGUCGCCAGGCGGCGAGGAACAGUGACUACGCCAUCCCAAAGUUCAAACACCUGAAGAAGAUGCUGUUGGUGCACGGACACUUCUACUACAUCCGCAUCGCUGAGCUGGUGCAGUACUUCUUCUACAAGAAUGUGUGCUUCAUCUUCCCUCAGUUCCUCUAUCAGUUCUUCUGUGGAUUCUCUCAGCAGCCACUGUACGACACAGCCUACCUGACGCUGUACAACAUCAGCUUCACCUCGCUGCCCAUCCUCCUCUACAGCCUCAUAGAGAAACACAUCAGCAUAGAGAUGCUCAAGAGAGAUCCCACUCUGUACAGGGACGUAGCUAAGAACGCUCUGCUGCGCUGGCCCGUGUUCCUCUACUGGACGUGCCUGGGCUUGUUCAACGCCUGUAUCUUCUUCUUUGGUGCCUACUUCCUGUUCGACAACACCACCUUCACCAGUAACGGACAGCUUAUGACCACCAACACACAGAUGAUGUUUGGAAACUGGACCUUCGGGACUCUCGUCUUCACUGUGCUGGUGUUUACUGUCACGCUCAAGCUUGCCUUGGACACACACCACUGGACCUGGAUCAACCACUUUGUCAUCUGGGGCUCCCUGCUUUUCUAUGUCAUCUUCUCACUGCUCUGGGGAGGCAUCAUCUGGCCCUUCCUGAACUACCAGAGAAUGUACUAUGUGUUCAUGCAGAUGUUGUCCAGCGGUCCGGCCUGGCUCGGCAUCAUCCUUCUCAUCACGAUCAGCCUGCUGCCUGAUGUGGUCAAGAAGGUCCUCUGCAGGACCCUGUGGCCCACCGCCACCGAACGCGCACAGAGGGUGAGGGCUGAUGGCGUGCACGAGGGGAGUGUGUCCCCGGCCACGGGCCCGGACCCCAGUCCUGUUGCUGGUGGUGGAGGCAGUGAGAGUGACAUGCUUUGCCCUGCUAGGACCUGUGAGGGGGAAAGAGGAGGUGAAGGCGUGCGAGCUGCCAGGACUUAUGACUCCAUGAUGUCACACAACCCUAACUACCUUCUCAGCCAGCCCCUAGACCACGCCCCCUCAGAUGGUGAGGGCUGUUACGGACAUUGACAAGCUGUUGCAGAGCAGUGUAGCAGAGUUGACCCCCGUGUCCUCUCGCCCUUCUGGCCCCUCCUCCAAACGGAAGAGCACUGACACCUCCCACCUUCACCUUGGGGUUCCAGGGCCCGAACACUCCACAGGUCUGAGUUCUUCCCCCACAAACUGGUAUUGUUCCACUGGGCUGAUGGGGGUGGGGCAGACCUCCGCACCCUCAGCCUCUACGUGCCCCGUAAACUCAGGCUGGCUUUGCCUACUACCCACCAGGGCCAGAGACCUCUGUGUGACACAGACAGACACACACACAAACACAGGCUGAUGUGUGAGCAUACACAACGAUGUGCACACACACAGAGACCAAAAUGUGACCUAAACCUACAAAUAAUAUGGAUUUGUGUUCCACUCAUAAACAAUGCAUACACAAACGCUCACUAAUUCUCACAUACUCCUCGAACAUGAAACAUUUACCAUGUGCAUUGUCAGCCAUUCGGAAGCGGAUACGAUUUGAGGCUUCCACAUGCUUCAAUUCGGCUGGCGCCUUGCCGAGAAUGUAACGAGUGCGCUUGCAUACUCCCUUAAGACUUUCACUUGAAAAAUCAAUACAAAAUGUAUGUCCAUUUUGAGAUGCCGUAGCCAGCAUACAAUUCCUCAAAAUAGUCAGAAUUAAUCUAAGAACUCGUGAAAUUUUGACGCUUUUGCCAAUGAGAUCUUAGUUGCCAAUUUACAUCUAACUAAGAUGUUUGGUGCAGUAUUUAUCAAUGGAAAAAAUGUGCAUGAAAAUUAGUUGUCACGUUGAAUGACAACAAAGACUUUAUUGAAGAAUCCCUACUGGUGACCAAUCACCGAACUUCGGCUACCGACUUCGGCUUGUGUCCCUGAACAGCUGCAAAAACUCUUCCCGAAGUCCAAAAGGAUAAAAAUGUCAGAAAAUGUCAUUGUAAUAUAUGCACAAACUCUUACGAACUGUUUCGGCUGGGAAGCAUGCGGACGCCUUUGACCUCCAAGUUGCCUCCAAUUGGUCCUGUCAUAGUUCUAUUUCAGUCUGGUCCUGAUCCCAGUCCACACCACUACUCUACUACUCUGCUAUUCUAUUCUACUACUUUACUACCCUAUUCUACUCUACUACACUACUCUAUUACUCUACUCUUCUGCUACUUUAUUCUACUCUACUACUCUAUACUCUAUUCUACUCUACUAUACUCUAUUCUACUACUCUAUUCUUCUACUCUGCUACUAUACUCUAUUAUACUACUGCUAUACUCUAUUCUUCUACUCUACUGCUAUACUCUAUUCUUCUACUCUAAUAGUAUACUCUAUACUAAUCUACUCUAUUCUUCUACUCUACUACUAUACUCUAUUCUACUCUACUACUAUACUCUAUUCUACUCUACUACUAUACUAAUCUACUCUAUUCUUCUACUCUACUACUAUACUCUAUUCUUCUACUCUAAUAGUAUACUCUAUUCUACUCUACUACUAUACUAAUCUACUCUAUUCUUUUACUCUACUACUCUUCUUCUACUCUACUAAUUUACUCUACUCUACUAAUCUACUCUAUUCUACUACUAUACUGUAUUCUACUCUACUAAUCUACUCUAUUAUACUACUAUACUGUAUUCUACUCUACUACUCUACGGAUCUACUCUACUCUACGAAUCAAUUCUACUCUACUAAUCUACUCUAUUCUGCUCUACUAAUCUACUCUACUCUAUUCUACUACUAUACUCUAUUCUACUCUACUACUAUACUCUAUUCUACUCAACUACUCUGUUAAUCUACUCUAAUAAUCUACUCUAGUCUACUCUUCUUUACUAUGAUAAUCUAUUCUACCCCACCACCCUACUUUAUACUACUCUACUCUUCAUGUGAAAAUAGUUGAAUCGAAAAGGUAAACUCUCACUGAACAAAAUGAGAAAUUCUGUAUUUGAAUGUCCGUCUCUUCUACACAUUGAAAUCGUACUUUGUCACUAUAUCAAAUUGACCUUUUCUGUUUCUAUUUUAUUUACUGUGUUUCUCUUCUUUUUAACUUUCUUUACUGUUUCUCCAUUUUUCUCCUUUUGUUGAAAUAACUGGUGUUGCUUUGCAAAAUGUUCUGGGGAGAAAGACCUUUGUUAUUCUGUUCGUGUGUGUGUCACGGUUUCCAUUAGCCGGCAAUUGCCAAGCUUUUGACCCAAAAUUUUUUUCAAGAAAAGCCCAUAAGUUAAUAAAGCUGUUCCAAGCAAAAAUGAGCAGGAUUUUAAAAAAUCACAUUGCAAAAUAAUGCUUUUUAAUCAUUGACGUUAAUACCGGUUGAUGGAAAUACAUUUGAUCAUCAUGCGUAUUGGUCUAUAGGUUAAUUUGUAUAAUAUAGUGGAAUUAAAUUCACCUGUGUAUUUUUGUUAGUCAUCAUGUAUCAUUUAUCCAACACAACUAUCACAUGUGCACAGCAUACAGAGCCUAUUUUGAGGGGGAUUUGUCCUGCAGCUCCUCAGCUGGUUGCUGCUGCAGUAAAACAUGUGCUUUUAUAAACCCAUUCAUUGCACAACAAUUCUAAAUGAAAUCAUAUGUUGGAAAAAAAAGAAAGAGCUACUAUUUUUAUUUCUCAACUGGUAAUUGAAGCGCGACUCCCAUUCACCAUUCAAGUGCAGGCAACAUGCUAUCAGCGCAUCACCCACCACUUUACAAUGUGAGCUUGGAGGCAGUAUGCAUUUUGAAAACAUACUUCAUUGUUUGAAACCUGAAUAUUUUAUUUCAUUUUCAGAGGCAUGUCUUACCUUGCUUCAAAGUAGCCUGUAGGCAAAAUCCAAACAUGGUAACAUGGAGGAAAUUAAGUUAUCCUAUUAAUUUAUCCUACAAUUUCUACAGUUCUGCAUACCAGUUAUGCUUUUUAUGUAAGUAUUUUCAUGGAACAGGAUAACUUAAAACCUUGUUGUUUUUCAAAAUCAUUUUCACAUGGUUAAUCAUAAAAAUGUAAAUUAAAAUUAUCUAAAAGUCAUAAUGGAAGACCACUAGCCUGGACACAUUGAUACGCCGUGAUUAGCGACUAAAGAAAUGAGCAAAUGGAACUCAUAGCCUAUAGGCCAAAGCAGCAGUAGGCCUUUAAACUUCCAUUGCUCUUUCACACGAAGAUUGGUGAUUAUCGAGGCGGCGACUGUUGGAAACACUUUUCAAAAAGUUUACUGUGAGGAACUAUAGUUUUAAUAUAUCAUUAUUUUCAUUACAUGUUAAAAAAAACAUUUCCUACAUUUCCUGCACAGCAGGCCUGGUACUUCUAUGUACAGAGAAACCAGAAACCAGACUCCCUCAACAUUAUCAGGACAGAGAAACCAGACACAUGCUCAGGCGCGUGCUCCCUCAACAUUAUCAGGACAGAGAAACCAGACACAUGCUCAGGCGCGUGCUCCCUCAACAUUAUCAGGACAGAGAAACCAGACACAUGCUCAGGCGCGUGCUCCCUCAACAUUAUCAGGACAGAGAAACCAGACACAUGCUCAGGAGUGUGCUCCCUCAACAUUAUCAGGACAGAGAAACCAGACACAUGCUCAUUGCGCACAUGGAGCACUCCAAAUAAACAACAAUGCAUAUAUUGACAAAUCUCAUAAAUGAUGGUUAUGAAAUAAACCAAAACUUGUUUCUCACAAGUAUAGCAGGUUGUGAACUCUGCAAACAAUGUUUCCACUCUGAGAAUGAGAAUGGUAAAUGACUGUAAGUAAUACAAUCAUUAACAGAAAUUAAUGUAAACCAAUUAUGAGGAUUAUCGGUACUUUUACUACUGGUGACAUAUGUAAUGGGAAAUGUAACAAUUCACACAGUGAAACAAUGAAUGCUCAAGAAUUGGCGGGAGACAGCUGAGCGAUUCUGGAGAGAGACUCACCUAUAUCUUCGCCCCUUGUCUCAACAUUUUAAAUUAUACUCAAGACACGAUCUUCUCACAUUUUAUAUGCUUUUGACUGACAGCUGCAACUCAAUAAUAAUCAGCUAGGCCUAUUUUCAAGUGUGCUGCCCAAAUUGCCGGCUUCCCAAAUAGGCGUAGUCUAGGCCUAUGAGCUUGUGAUCUGAAAUAAUCCACAGCAAUUUUUUAAAAGAAGCUAAUGUUUCCGGCACCACAUUUUCCUAACAGAAACCAGGAACAACUCCCUAGGAAGAAGCCUAGAGAGGAACCAGGCUCUAAGGGUUGGCCAGUCCUCUUCUGGCUGUGCCGGGUGGAGAUUAUAACAGAGAGAGGGUCCAAAACAGCAGGUCCGGGACAAUGUCGCACGUGUGGUGAACCGGUCAUGGUUCUAUAAAACCUUCCACAUCUAUCAGUAUAUUUAUAACCCAUUCAUAAUCUUCCAUAAUAUCCCCUAGUCCGCAGUGCACCUGUGUACAUUUGAAAGCAUUGAAAAGGUGUAUGUAGUAUGGUGAAAAUUCCACCAAGCCUUUCAAGGGACAAGAUGGAGCUACUAGCAUAGAUGUACACAAGGGCCUAGGGGAUGGGAGGUUAGUGGUCCAUUUGGGAUUGGGCAAGAGGGGAUAGAAAAAGAUCAGAAGAGUUAUGUAGAAUACAAGCCACCCUGCCUUAAUCCACAAUCUCUCAUCUCACUGGUAUAGAUGUGCCGCCAACUGGAGCUGUGCAACUUGUUCAGUGGCCGGUGAGUGUGGGAACUGGCCUGACCUGUGUGUGUGAUGGAGCAUUUUCCAUUUCUCCAUGUGCCCUCACUCUUAUUGUCAGUGUACUUUUCUUUCUCUUCAUCGUUUAUCUCUCUCACCCCCCCUGCAUAGUGGAGGUGUCCUAAUACCCAUAAAACCUAGCGGUCAAAUAGGGAAAUGGUUCCAAUCGUUUUUCCACCAUUCAUUUCUCCCAUAUGGGGACAUAUAGUCUUACCCUGGCAUGAUGUUUUGAUAACCAUGUAAAUCUCUCUGACAGACAAGGUGACUUGUAUCGAUAUAUUUGGCUCCAUUUACUUUGAUUCGAAAAUGCUAAUUAGCAUCAAAAUAGGCAUGUAAGACUAUAAAUCCCGACAAGCUCUUGCACGUCAUCUCUAGCUGACACCUUUGCUAACAGGUUUUGUCCAUUUAAAACUUGCACAAGACCGUUCACAGAAUUGUCAAUUUAAUGAAAUGUUGCCAAUUUAUUCAUUACAAAUUUAGUUAACAUGAGGUAGUUAAUCUACUUUGAUUCAGUAGUCUUGUCCAGAUCAUCAUGACAUUGGUAGUUCUUUAUGAUAGCUGCUAAUGUGGCUAACUAGUGUUUCAUUUUUGGAGGUUAAUUUACAGGCCAAUAUAUUGAUGUCACCUUGUCUGAGAGAGAUUUACACAGUUAUCAAAACAUCCCGCCAGGGUAAGCCUACGCCAAACACAGCGCUUACUUGAAGUGUUUCUAAAAUCCCCUAUGGGAAAAAUGAUUGGAACCAUUUCCUUGUUUGACCGCUAGGUUUUAUGGGUAUUAUGAAUCAUACUGUAGUACUCUAUAAACUCUUUCUACUCACUCAGGCCACCAUGUGGCCAUACACUGUAACAGCACUCUGUUUGGGUCAGACAGAAAGCUAUGGUAGCUAUGCCCUGCACACAGGCUGAUGGGGUUAUUUCAUGGAUGUUUCAAUGACUGGUCAGUGUUGCUUGUGUUAUGUUUGUUAUGUUUGUUGUCUAAAGAUGAUGUAUUCUCUGUUAUGCAAAGGUUCUUGUCUGUAUUCCUAGUAUGAUGUCUUUAUCGCAUUGUGUUAUGACUAUUUAUACAUGUUUGAUUAUCAAAUUAGGUAUUUUAUAUGGUAUAUUAUGAAUGUAGGUUGUUUAUCAUGUAUGGAUGUAAAUUCAACUAAUAGAGGUAUCUAUGUAUAAAUGGGGUAUGGUUUGGAGGCUUGAAUCGAAAAGCGGUGUCACAAACAAAUCCAUCUUUCUAGAAUGUCAUAUAAAUUAUAUAAAUGACAGAUAGUUUGCCACAUCCUCUAUAUAGUAGAUUGUAAGAUUGUGAUUUAAUGAAUAUAUUUUCCACAUUUCUAACAUGUAAAAGUAUGAGGUGAAACGUCUGCCUUUGUCCAAAGCUCGUCUGUGGUGUAAGUGAGCGACUGAAAUUCAUUGGAUCGUCAGCAUCUUUGUAUGUUUAUAUGUCUGCUGAGUGCUGAUACACACACACACACACACACACACACACACACACACACACACACACACACACACACACACAAAUAUCUAUAGGCCUGUAUAUCUUCUGUCACAACUCUCUCCUUUUGGGGAUUUUGUUAAAGGUCAGAGUUCAGGUUUUUUGUUUGUUUGUGUUAUGACUAGAAGCCUUCGGUUGGGCUUACUGACAUGGAUUGCAAAGGUGUUCUCGUGCAUGUCAUAUAGCCACUGUAAAGAGUAUUUGGUCAUGUUUUUAUGGAAGUCAUGCAUUGUCUGAUGUUCUUAUCAUUACUACAGGCUAGCCAAAAUACAAUGUAGCUGGAACACUAAGGCACCUGGUUAUGAGGAGAGUAUUCACUGUUUCUUACUCAUUGGAUGAGAGGUCAAAUCAUCACGUUGUCACUUAUUAUUAUUAUUAUUAGUAGUAGUAUUAUUACAAUUAUCCAUGUUAUUGAAAAUAUAUAUCAAUCAAAAUAUAUUCUAUUGAUACUUUUGUAUCCAGGGGAGAAGAUUCUAUUUUAACUCUAUUUAUUUAGAUAUUGCUUUCGUUUUUGGAACAGACAAAAUUAAAAAGUAGACCCACAGAAUAAACACACUGAAGACUACAGCACUUUGUACACCUCAGAUCCCUCAAAACAAGGUUUACUACUGUAAGUGCACUGAGUUUUAUAAAUCGGCUAGUCACCCACAGAGAUUACAUUUCUACAAGUCACUCAACUCCUAAACUCUUUCUAUUUAACUUUUUUGUUUUAAAUAUCAUAGUGAGAGUAAAAGUAUGACCAACUUGAUUAGUCAAUGAAGAUUUGGGACUUCUGUCUCUCUCUCUCUCUCUCUCUCUCUCAUUGGUUAACCACACCAGCCUUGUGACUGUUGCUGACCAGAAUGUCCACUGCUUUUAUAAACGUUAUUAUCAGCACAACUUUAGGUGCUCUCACCAUACUGCUCCUGGACUACUGUACUGUGCCCUCAAAGGCAAACGGUAUUCUGCGUAACAUACAAACCUACAUUGUUUGUAUCCGUGAGCAGUUUUCGAGCUUGUUUUUCUACAAAGAUUGAAAAUUAAUUUUGUUUACAUUUUGCCAGCCUAUCUGUAGCGAAUGAGGACAAUGCUCUGUACUGUAUUUCUGCUUGUAAUAAAUACAUUGUUUAACACA